ACUGGUCUCAGCACUAUUGCUCCAGCCGCAGCCCCCCUCCCAGGUCCCACCCUCCUGCAGGCCCAAAGUGAAACCAGACCUGGGACCCGGAGACGCCGCUGACGCAGGUGGCCGGCUCUACAAGCCUCACCCUUCUCGGGACCCAGGCGAACUCUUCCCAUUCCCCCUUUCUCUGGGACUUGGUUGUCGGGUUCGACCAGCCGGGACAGCCACUCGGAUACCCAGGCCCUAAGGCCUUGCAUCCCAAGCCCCAGACCCAGGUUCACCAACACUCACCACAACUACCCAGAAGGGAGCCUGCAGACCGCGAGGCGUGGUGGUGGUAAGCCUCUGCGAGUAACCUGACUCCAGUACAAGAACUCAGACGUCCGGCCCCGCCCCAAUCCAUCUCGGGGACCCCGGCAUCCUGGGCCCGGCACCUUGCAGCUGGGAUCCCGUCCCCAGUCCUAAGGAGGGGGAAGGGCGGCAGGGGCGCCGCCCCGACAUCCCAGACACAUUCCUUGGCCUAAGACAGGCCAAGUACCUUAUAAGGCGAGCUCCUGCUGCUGGCUGUCAGGCCUCUCCUGCAGCCCCCGCAGUCCCCUGCCUUCCUGGGCUGCUUGCUUUUGGGAUAUGAACUCCUCCUGGUCCCAGCUGACCCAGGCCUACGCCUUAGAAGCGCCACGCCCUUUUCCUUUCCUGGCUAAGCAGCCUAAAGCCGAGCACCUCUACACACACAGCGUGGGCAUGUUCCCCUCUGUUUGCUUCUCAGAGUAGCAAGACAAAGACCUGUUCGACCCCCCUUCCCAGAAAGGAGAGUGACCAGAGGUUUCAGUCAUGCCAGUGACCAUCACUCGAACCACUGUGACCACUACCACCACCUCUUCCGGCCUGGGCUCACCCACCAUAGUGGGCUCUCCUCGGGCACUAACAUCCAAGCUGGGCCUCCUGCGCCUGCUGCAGCUGGUAUCCACCUGUGUAGCCUUCUCGUUAGUGGUCCAUGUGGGUGCCUGGGAUGGGGCCAUGGGCCACUGGGCCAUGUUUGCCUGGUGUUUUUGCUUUGCCAUGACAUUGGUGAUUCUGGUGGUAGAGGUGGGUGGCUUCCAACCCCGAUUCCCACUCUCCUGGCGAAAUUUCCCAAUUGCCUACGCCUGUUAUGCCACCCUGCUCUGCCUCUCGGCCUCCAUCAUCUACCCUACCACCUAUGUCCAGUUCAUGCCCCAGGGCCCAAGGCGAGACCAUUCCAUCGCAGCCACCUUCUUCUCCUGUGUGGCCUGCCUCGCCUAUGCCACUGAGGUGGCCUGGACCAGAGCCCGGCCCGGGGAGGUCACAGGCUACAUGGCCACUGUCCCUGGUCUCCUCAAGGUCUUUGAGACUUUCGUAGCCUGUAUCAUUUUUGCCUUUGCCAGUGACCCACCCAUCUACCAGCGUCACUCAGCCUUGGAAUGGUGUCUGGCGGUCUACUGUAUCUGCUUCAUCCUGUCUGCCGUGGCCAUCCUCCUGAGCCUGGGUGACUGCACAGGCCAGUUGCCCAUCUCUUUCCCUAGUUUCCUCACAGGCCUGGCCAUGUUGGCAGUGGCUCUCUACGCCUCAGCCCUGGUGCUUUGGCCCCUCUAUCAGUUUGAUGAGAGGAAGGGUGGCCGGCCGAGGAGGCGGGAUGAUUUGAGCUGCCCCCAUCGCCAUGCUUCUGCUGUGUGUGACUGGGAUCGACGGCUGACCGUGGCCAUCCUCACGGCAGUCAACUUCCUGGCCUACGUGGCUGACCUGGUGCACUCGGCCCGGCUGGUCUUCAUCAGGGUGUGAGGUGGGCACCAGCCUGCCAAUCUCUCCUUUCCCAGUCUCCUCCUUUUUUUCCUUUCUUGGGUUCCUUUGCCUGCUUUUCUCACUGUCUAUAUUUCCUUCUUUCCCACCAGCUCUUGGCCUCCUCUUUCUCUCUCUUCUUUUCUCCUGCCCUUCUGCCUGUCCCAACUCCCCUCUAAGGUGCUGAGCUUCUUACCCCUGGCCCAAUUCCCAGCAGGUAUUCCAGGGUUACUUGGCCACACAUCAAUGCCCACCCAGGGCCAUGGGUUCCCACUGCCAAAGCAUGUUGGUUUGCUCCCCUCCUCACCCAAUCCUGUGUGCCUUAGUCUGUGUGAAUGUUGGGAGAGCUGGGAAGGUGGUGGCCUCCUUCUUCAUCCUCUUCCUGCCUGACUGGAGGCAAUGGAGGCAGCCUCUCUGUGCCAAAUGCACCUCCUCUUCCAAGUGAAAAAUGUGUCCCGAGAGGUGUCUAAGAUUCGCAGUCGGAAGGCGCAGUCCUCAAGCCCUGCUCUGCCUUGGUCUCCAUCAUCACAACACUUUCGACAGCUCCUCCUGGCAACUUGGGGAAAGGGAAUGGAGGGGGAUCCGAACGUCAGUCAAGACUGAGAGUGAAGGCAAAGGCUGCCUGGCCCACAAACCCCAGUAGUGGUGGCUUUCCUUAAGACUAACAGGCGGGUGGGAAGGAUUUGGAGGACCAGAGAGAAGAGAGCAAAUGUUUUCCUCCCAACUCUUCUCUCUGUUGCCGUGUGUGUGUGUGUGUGUGUGUGUGUGUGUGUGUGUGUGUGUGUGUGUGUGUGUGCUGCCUCUUCUGAGCACCCUGCAUCGCUUUCUCUGGGGAGAUUAUGUUGUACUGUAUUGGAUAUGAUGCUGUAUUACUAUGCUCCCCCUCCUCCCCACACAUCUGCAGUUAGUGUCAGCAUUUUUUUUUACCUCAAUAUAAAGACCACAUAUGAAGUGUU